CGGAAUAACGUGUAUACUACAAGGUCAAACUGAUUGGUCACGAAUUUCUACAAGUUGUCCUGAUCCGAUACAGUUAGUUUUUGAUUUAAGAUAGAUUCACUCGUUUCUAAACCAGUGCAACAUGGAGUGUGAAGUGCGUUCGUGGAUAUCUGACGUAUUCAAAGCUCGCAAUUUUGAAACGAUAGAGGUCGAUAUUAUCGAUGAUGAUAACAAAGGUGGAUCCCUAGGUGAUAUUAUAUUCGUCAAAGUGGUAGGACGUGCAGAACAAAAUAUACAAACCUUCAAUAUAUUGAUCAAGCGGGGUAAAUCAAAUAGUGUGAUACUUGAUGAUCUGAACUUAAGAGUUGCAUAUAUGAAUGAAAUAAACCUAUACUCUAAAAUCAUACCAUUCCUUCGAAAAUUCGCUGAACACAGAAACUUGACACCUUACGAAAAUAUACCACAAUGUUUCGGAACAAUAACAAAGGAGGACCUGUAUGUUAUUCUAAUGGAGAAUCUUAGACCAAAAGGUUUCAAGAUGUGCCAAUUAAAUGAACCUCAAAGCUUGGCAUGUGUCAAGCUUGUCCUGGAGGCCUAUGCCAAAUGGCAAGCAUUGUGUUUAGCUGUUAAGGAUCAAGAACCAGAUGUAUUCAAGACUUUUGGAGAAAUCAAUAAGGAUUUUCAAGAGAAGAAAAUGAAUAAACUUUACAAAGCAUCUGUCAAGAAAGAAUUAGAUUUUGUAAUUGGAUUGUACAAAGAACGAUGUGAGAAAAAAAUGGUAGACAAAUUAGAAAACGCCAAAAACAAUUUGGAAGACAUUUUUCGUCGCAGCUCUACUUCUGAAGACUGCAGCUUUUCUGUGAUAAGACAUGGGGACUGUUGGAACAACAAUUUCUUAUUCACAUUUAAUGAAGAAACAUUAGAGCCAGAAAAAGUGGUCAUAAUCGAUUGGCAGAACUCAUUUCUUGGUCCUCCACUGGCUGAUAUCACUCAGUACCUUCUUUCCACAUGUUCUCUGUCAGAGUAUGAACGCAUAGAAGAUUUAUUGAAAUUUUAUUACAAUAUUAUCUCAUCAAAACUCAUCGAGUUUGGAAGUAAUCCUGAAAAAUGUUUUUCUUGGAGUGACUGCUAUGAUAAUUUUAAAGAAUGUCUGCCAAGAGCGGUUUAUUCAAAACCAAUUUUUGUAAGAGCAAGUCUCACCACUGCAUUCAACACUUCAUUUGAUAUCAGCAAAUCCCCAGAUGAUGGCGAUUUCCAUGGAAUGUUCAGUGAUGAAUUGAAAGAUUCCGAAGAAUAUUUCAGAAGGAUUGAUAAUACUCUCAAAAUAUUCAUGGGAAAAGAGUUACUUUGAAUAAGUUUACAAUUAAAGUCAAUUCAAUAUGUGAAAAUUGUAUUAUAUCAGUAUUAUAUAAUAUUUUUUCAUAAGAGAAAACGAUCGAUAUCUA